CUACUUUUGCAGCAGCAGGUCUGAAAUCCCCCGAUACUAAAAAAGAGGCUCCUUUUGCAGCCCCAGAGCAAUCGGAGGGAAGAUGCUUUGAGCGACGAUAGGAACUCCGGAAAAGAGAUGGCUUUGCGUCCUGCAGACACGAACUCUUGGUUGGUGUAGCCGGGAGGCUGCUGGCAAAGAUUGCGGCAGGAACUGACCCCACCAAUGGCUUGGUGAUCUUCGGAAGGGAUGCACCCACCUCUGAGAUGGUGCUGAGUUACUUUGCUCCUUUUGGAGGGAAUUCCAGGGCUCCAGAGGUGAGAUAAAAGCCCCCGAGGGAUCCAGCACCAUGGUUGCCUUGUCGCUGAAAAUCUGUGUCCGCCAAUGCAAUGUGGUGAAGACGAUGCAGUUUGAACCUUCCACUGCAGUCUAUGAUGCGUGCCGGGUUAUCCGCGAGAGGGUGCCAGAGGCUCAGACAGGGCAAGCCUCUGACUACGGGUUGUUUCUGUCCGAUGAAGAUCCACGGAAAGGCAUUUGGCUGGAGGCCGGCAGGACCCUGGAUUACUACAUGCUACGGAACGGGGAUGUUUUGGAAUACAAAAAGAAGCAGAGGCCCCAGAAAAUCAGGAUGUUGGAUGGCUCUGUGAAGACGGUGAUGGUGGAUGACUCUAAAACCGUUGGAGAACUGCUGGUGACCAUCUGCAGCCGGAUAGGCAUAACCAACUAUGAAGAGUAUUCCUUAAUCCAAGAAGGCAGUGAGGAGAAGAAGGAAGAGGGCACGGGGACCCUGAAGAAGGAUCGGACGUUGCUACGGGAUGAAAAAAAGAUGGAAAAAUUAAAAGCCAAGCUGCACACCGAUGAUGACCUGAACUGGUUGGAUCACAGCCGAACGUUUCGGGAACAAGGGGUGGAUGAGAACGAGACGCUGCUUCUGAGACGGAAGUUCUUCUACUCUGAUCAGAACGUGGAUUCCAGAGACCCCGUCCAGCUCAACCUGCUCUAUGUCCAGGCCCGUGAUGACAUUCUGAACGGUUCCCACCCAGUAUCCUUCGAGAAGGCCUGUGAAUUUGGUGCUUUUCAGGCACAGAUCCAGUUCGGGCCUCACGUGGAGCACAAGCACAAACCUGGAUUCUUGGAUCUGAAAGAAUUUCUCCCCAAAGAAUACAUCAAGCAAAGAGGAGCUGAAAAGAGAAUAUUCCAGGAACACAAGAAUUGCGGAGAGAUGACAGAAAUAGAGGCAAAAGUGAAGUACGUGAAGUUGGCCCGGUCUCUGAGGACCUAUGGAGUCUCCUUUUUCCUGGUGAAGGAGAAAAUGAAAGGAAAGAACAAACUGGUCCCACGUUUGCUAGGAAUUACCAAGGAGUCUGUGAUGCGUGUGGAUGAAAAGACCAAGGAAGUCUUGCAGGAGUGGCCUCUGACCACUGUGAAGCGCUGGGCGGCUUCACCCAAAAGCUUCACCCUGGAUUUUGGGGAGUACCAAGAGAGCUACUAUUCGGUUCAGACCACUGAAGGGGAGCAGAUCUCUCAGCUGAUCGCAGGUUACAUUGACAUCAUCCUCAAGAAGAAGCAAAGCAAGGACCGCUUUGGGCUGGAAGGAGAUGAGGAAUCAACUAUGCUGGAAGAAUCCGUCUCUCCCAAAAAGUCGACGAUUUUGCAGCAGCAGUUCAACCGCACCGGAAAGGUGGAGCAUGGCUCUGUGGCGCUUCCGGCCGUCAUGCGCUCAGGCUCCACCGGCCCAGAGACCUUCAACAUGGGCAGCAUGCCUUCCCCACAGCAGCAGGUGACGGUUGGGCAGAUGCACCGGGCCCACAUGCCCCCUCUGACCUCAGCCCAGCAGGCCCUGAUGGGCACCAUCAACACCAGCAUGCAGGCCGUCCAGCAGACGCAGGCAGACCUCACCCAAAUCGAUGACCUUCCGCCUUUAGGAAAUGACAUGGCUUCCAGAGUUUGGGUCCAGAACAAAGUGGACGAGUCAAAACAUGAAAUACACUCUCAGGUUGAUGCAAUCACUGCAGGGACAGCUUCCGUGGUGAACCUUACAGCAGGGGACCCGGUCGACACAGACUACACAGCCGUGGGCUGUGCCAUCACCACCAUUUCCUCCAACCUUACGGAGAUGUCCAAGGGGGUCAAGUUGUUGGCGGCCCUCAUGGACGACGAGGUUGGAAGUGGGGAAGACCUGCUGAAGGCCGCUCGGACCCUGGCAGGGGCUGUCUCAAACCUGCUCAAAGCAGUGGAACCGACAUCAGGAGAGCCCCGGCAGACUGUUCUGACUGCAGCCGGCAGCAUCGGCCAAGCCAGCGGGGAGCUGCUCAGGCAGAUCGGGGAGAACGAGACAGACGAACGUUUCCAGGUAAAGCUCCCCUGGGCCCCCUUGAAGAUUUCUGUACCAGGAUGCCCUGCAGAUGAUCUGAGCCUCUUCUCAUGGUUCAGCCCUCUUUCCCUCCUUCCUCUUCCCCAGGAUGUCUUGAUGAGUCUGGCCAAAGCUGUGGCCAAUGCCGCCGCCAUGUUGGUACUGAAAGCCAAGAACGUGGCUCAGGUGGCCGAGGACACUGUUCUGCAGAACAGAGUGAUCGCGGCUGCCACGCAGUGCGCCCUCUCCACCUCGCAGCUGGUGGCUUGUGCAAAGGUGGUGAGUCCCACCAUCAGCUCCCCGGUGUGUCAGGAGCAGCUGAUUGAAGCCGGGAAGCUGGUGGAUCGCUCCGUGGAGAACUGCGUGCGGGCGUGCCAGGCUGCCACGGACGACACCGAACUGCUCAAGCAAGUCAGUGCGGCAGCCAGCGUGGUCAGCCAGGCCCUGAAUGACCUCCUGCAGCACGUCCGCCAGUUUGCCAGCCGGGGGGAGCCCAUCGGGCGCUACGAUCAGGCCACCGACACCAUCAUGUAUGUCACCGAGAGCAUCUUCAGUUCCAUGGGGGAUGCCGGGGAAAUGGUGCGGCAGGCCAGGGUGCUAGCGCAAGCAACUUCAGAUCUGGUGAACGCCAUGCGCUCAGACGCCGAGGCAGAAAUUGACAUGGAGAACUCGAAGAAGCUCCUGGCAGCUGCCAAACUUCUUGCGGAUUCCACAGCCCGGAUGGUAGAAGCUGCAAAGGGAGCUGCUGCCAACCCCGACAAUGAAGACCAGCAGCAGAGGCUGCGGGAAGCGGCCGAAGGGCUCCGGGUGGCCACCAACGCAGCUGCCCAGAACGCCAUUAAGAAGAAGAUUGUGAACCGACUGGAGGUGGCAGCAAAACAGGCAGCCGCAGCCGCCACUCAAACCAUCGCAGCCUCGCAGAACGCUGCCAUUUCAAACAAGAACACGGCAGCCCACCAGCAGUUAGUCCAGAGCUGCAAGAACGUGGCUGACCACAUCCCGCAGCUGGUGCAAGGCGUGCGAGGGAGCCAAGCACAGGCGGAGGACUUGGGCGCCCAACUCGCCUUGAUCAACUCCAGCCAAAAUUUCCUCCAGCCAGGGAGCAAAAUGGUGGCUUCGGCCAAAGCAGCAGUGCCAACCGUGACCGACCAGGCGGCGGCCAUGCAGUUGAGCCAGUGUGCCAAGAAUCUGGCCACCAGCCUGGCAGAGCUGAGGACGGCCUCUCAGAAGGCACACGAAGCCUGUGGUCCCAUGGAGAUCGACUCGGCCUUGAACACCGUCCAGACCCUGAAAAAUGAAUUGCAGGAUGCAAAGAUGGCGGCCCUCGACGGACAGUUGAAGCCUCUUCCGGGGGAAACGCUUGAAAAAUGUGCCCAGGACUUGGGAAGCAUCUCCAAAGCUGUCGGUUCCUCCAUGGCGCAGCUGUUGACCUGUGCCGCCCAAGGCAACGAAGACUACACAGGGGUGGCUGCCCGGGAAACAGCCCAGGCACUGAAGACCUUGGCACAAGCGGCGCGGGGCGUGGCCGCAUCCACAGGCGACCCAGCUGGGGCCCGCGCGAUGCUGGACUCUGCGUGGGACGUGAUGGAAGGCUCCGCUCUGCUCAUCCAGGAGGCCAAGCAGGCCCUGGUGUCUCCGGGGGAUGCCGAGAGUCAGCAGAGGCUGGCCCAGGUGGCGAAAGCCGUGUCCCACUCGCUGAACAACUGCGUCAACUGCCUCCCUGGCCAGAAGGACGUGGACGUGGCACUGAAGAGCAUCGGCGAAUCCAGCAAGAAGCUGCUGGUGGAAUCGCUGCCCCCCAGCUCCAAGUCAUUCCAGGAAGCGCAGAGCGAGCUCAACCAAGCAGCGGCCGACCUGAACCAGGCAGCUGGGGAGGUGGUGCACUCCACGCGGGGCCAGAGCGGGGAGCUGGCGGCUGCCUCAGGGAAGUUCAGCGAGGACUUUGAUGAGUUUCUCGACGCAGGGAUUGAAAUGGCCGGCCAAGCUCAGACCAAAGAGGACCAAAUUCAGGUCAUCGGGAACCUCAAGAACAUCUCCAUGGCUUCCAGCAAGCUGCUUCUGGCAGCCAAGUCUCUGUCGGUGGACCCCGGCGCUCCCAACGCCAAGAACCUCUUAGCGGCGGCUGCCAGGGCGGUCACGGAGAGCAUCAACCAGCUGAUCACCUUGUGUACCCAGCAAGCGCCUGGCCAGAAGGAGUGCGACAACGCUCUCCGGGAACUGGAGACCGUGAAGGAGAUGCUGGAAAAUCCCAGCGAGCCCGUAAGCGACCAGUCUUACUUCGACUGCAUUGAAGGCGUCAUGGAGAACUCCAAGGUGCUCGGGGAAGCGAUGGCCGGCAUCUCCCAGAACGCCAAGACCGGUGACCUGCCUGUCUUCGGGGAGUGUGUGGGGGUGGCUUCCAAGGCUCUCUGCGGUCUCACCGAAGCAGCGGCUCAGGCCGCCUACCUGGUGGGCAUCUCGGACCCCAACAGCCAGGCUGGUCAACAGGGCCUCGUGGAUCCCAUCCAGUUUGCCCGCGCCAACCAGGCCAUCCAGAUGGCGUGCCAGAACCUGGUGGAUCCAGCCAGCAGUCCGUCCCAGGUCUUGUCGGCGGCCACCAUCGUGGCCAAGCACACAUCUGCCCUGUGCAACGCCUGCCGCAUCGCUUCAUCCAAAACGGCCAACCCCGUGGCCAAGAGGCACUUCGUCCAAUCAGCCAAGGAGGUGGCCAACAGCACAGCCAACCUGGUGAAGACUAUCAAGGCUUUGGACGGAGACUUUUCAGAAGACAAUCGUGGCAAGUGCCGGACCGCCGCUGCUCCGCUUAUUGAAGCCGUGGAAAACCUGACCGCCUUCGCCUCCAAUCCCGAGUUUGCCAGCAUUCCUGCUCAGAUCAGUGCUGAGGGUUCUCGCGCACAGGAGCCCAUCCUGGCUUCAGCUCGGACCAUGCUGGAGAGCUCGUCUUUCCUGAUCAAAACCGCUCGCUCCCUGGCCAUCAACCCCAAGGACCCCAGCACCUGGUCUGUCCUGGCUGGACAUUCGCACACUGUCUCCGAGUCCAUCAAGAGCCUUAUCACUUCCAUCAGGGACAAAGCUCCAGGCCAGCGGGAGUGUGACCACGCCAUCGAUGGCAUCAACAAGUGCAUCAGAGAUAUCGAACAAGCCUCCCUCGCUGCCGUUAGUCAGAACUUGGCCACCAGGGAUGACAUUUCUGUGGAGGCCUUGCAAGAGCAGCUGACCUCCGUUGUCCAGGAAAUUGGCCAUCUCAUCGAUCCCAUUGCAACGGCAGCCCGAGGGGAGGCUGCUCAGCUUGGACACAAGGUGACGCAGCUCUCCAGCUACUUUGAACCCUUGGUUCUGGCGGCCAUUGGUGUCGUCUCCAAGUUGAUGAAUCACCAGCAGCAAAUGAACCUGCUGGAUCAGACCAAGACCUUGGCGGAAUCGGCCCUCCAGAUGCUCUACGCGGCCAAGGAAGGAGGGGGGAAUCCAAAGGCAUCCCACACGCAUGAUGCCAUCCUGGAAGCAGCACAGCUCAUGAAGGAAGCCGUGGACGACAUCAUGGUGACCUUGAAUGAGGCUGCCAGUGAAGUAGGCAUGGUGGGGAACAUGGUGGAUUCCAUCGCUGAAGCUAUGAGUAAGCUAGACGAAGGGACUCCGUCCGAUCCCAAAGGGUCCUUUGUCGACUACCAGACCACCGUUGUCAAAUACUGCAGGGCCAUCGCAGUCACAGCCCAGGAGAUGAUGACCAAGGCAGUCACUAAUCCAGAGGAACUGGGAGGACUCGCCUCGCAAAUGACCACUGACUAUGGACACCUGGCUUCCCAGGGCCGGAUGGCAGCGGGGACUGCGGAACCGGAGGAGAUAGGGUUCCAGAUCAGAACCCGGGUUCAAGAACUUGGACACAGCUGCAUCUUCCUGGUCCAAAAAGCCGGCGCCCUGCAGAUAUGUCCAACCGAUGCCUACACUAAGCGGGAGUUGAUCGAAUGCACCCGGACGGUCAGCGAAAAGGUGUCCCUGGUGUUGUCGGCUCUCCAGGCAGGGAACAAGGGCACCCAGGCGUGCAUCACCGCUGCCAGCGCCGUCUCCGGCAUCAUCGCUGACCUGGACACCACCAUCUUGUUUGCUGCGGCCGGGACACUGAAUGCUGAAAACAACGAAUCCUUCGCCGACCACAGGGAAAAUAUUCUAAAGACUGCAAAGACUUUGGUUGAAGACACCAAGCUGCUGGUCUCCGGAGCCGCCUCUAGCCAGGAGAAGUUGGCCCAAGCAGCCCAGUCUUCGGCCAGCACCAUCACGCAACUGGCAGAGGUGGUGAAGCUGGGAGCAGCCAGCCUGGGCUCAGAUGACCCUGAAACGCAGGUUGUGCUAAUCAAUGCCAUCAAGGAUGUGGCGAAGGCCUUGUCUGACCUCAUCGGUGCCACCAAAGGAGCCGCCAGCAAGCCAGCAGACGACCCGUCCAUGUACCAGCUCAAGGGGGCUGCCAAGGUGAUGGUGACCAACGUCACCUCCCUCCUGAAGACGGUGAAGGCGGUGGAGGACGAGGCCACGCGUGGAACCAGGGCGCUGGAGGCCACCAUAGAGUACAUCAAGCAGGAGCUCACGGUGUUCCAGUCCAAGGACGUUCCCGAGAAGACCUGCUCUCCAGAAGAAUCCAUCCGGAUGACGAAAGGCAUCACCAUGGCAACGGCCAAAGCCGUGGCAGCCGGGAACUCCUGCCGGCAAGAGGAUGUGAUCGCCACGGCCAACCUCAGCCGCAAAGCCGUGGCCGACAUGCUGGCUGCCUGCAAGCAAGCCUCCUACCACCCCGAUGUCAGCGAAGACGUGCGGAUGAGGGCACUGCAUUAUGGGACAGAGUGCACCUUGGCUUACCUGCAGCUCUUGGAACAUGUCCUGAUGAUCCUCCAGAAGCCCAGUGCCGAGCUGAAGCACCUGCUGGCUGCCUUGUCCAAAGGGGUCGCAGGGGCUGUGACGGAGCUCAUACAAUCUGCCGAAGCCAUGAAAGGUACCGAAUGGGUCAACCCUGAAGACCCCACCGUGAUUGCCGAGACGGAAUUACUCGGAGCUGCUGCUUCUAUUGAAGCAGCUGCCAAAAAGCUGGAGCAGCUGAAACCCAGAGCCAAGCCCAAGCAGGCGGACGAGACCCUCGACUUUGAAGAACAGAUUCUCGAAGCUGCCAAGUCAAUCGCCGCCGCCACCAGCGCCUUGGUCAAGUCGGCCUCUGCUGCCCAGCGAGAACUGGUCGCCCAAGGCAAGGUGGGGGCCAUUCCUGCCAACGCCGCCGAUGAUGGUCAGUGGUCUCAGGGACUGAUUUCCGCGGCCCGGAUGGUGGCAGCUGCAACUAGCAACCUCUGCGAGGCGGCCAAUGCCUCGGUCCAAGGCCACGCCAGUGAGGAGAAGCUCAUCUCCUCGGCCAAGCAAGUGGCCGCUUCCACGGCUCAGCUGCUGGUGGCUUGCAAAGUGAAGGCGGACCAGGACUCCGAGGCCAUGAGGAGGCUGCAGGUGGCGGGCAAUGCCGUAAAACGGGCAUCGGACAACCUGGUCAGGGCGGCCCAGAAGGCGGCCUUUGGCAAGGCAGAUGACGACGACGUGGUGGUGAAGACCAAGUUUGUGGGGGGCAUUGCGCAGAUCAUCGCAGCCCAGGAGGAGAUGUUGAAGAAGGAACGGGAAUUGGAGGAAGCUCGGAAAAAACUGGCCCAGAUCCGCCAGCAGCAGUAUAAGUUCCUCCCGAGUGAACUGCGGGAAGAGGAAGGCUAAACGCCCGCAGGGGUCUCGCUGGGAAGAAAGUGAGCCGAGCAUGGGAUGGGCGGGUGGGUGGGUGGGUGGGCCAUGCUGCAGAGAGACUCUGCCUAAGCCCUGGCCAACAUCUGGGCUGUGUGAGAGGAGCCAACGCUUCAGCCGCAGCCUCUUGGCAAGCCCACCCCGUGGUACAGUGUUAGGGUACCCCUGUGCCCCCACCCCCAUUCCCGGCCUUUAUUUCUUGUAUCUCAGGAGAAAAAGUUCUUGCCUCUCGCCACCGGGCAGAUCAAGUCAGUAUUAUAACAUGUCCUGAAGUUUCGAUCUAUUUAUUAUCCUCUCUGGCCUGCGUUAAGGACUUUGGUCUCAUGUGGGAAAGCAGGCUGGGGAAGCCUUUGACCCGGAGAAAAGCCGCCCCCUUGGAGUUGGGGACGGGGGGGGGGGGUCUCUGCCAGUGUUACGAGACGGUUUCACAAACGGAGGACCUUUUGCACUAAAAGUACUCGAUUCAGCACAUUGUGGGCAGCAGCAGCCCCUCCUGUACCCCCACCCAGAAUUAGAAUAAUCCUGCUUUCGGAGCGAUGCCCGUUCACCCGUUUUCCUCUGGAGCAGAGGGCACCAAACAACUUUCCAGCAUUAAACACAACCGUUUUUCUCUCUUGCUUUUGUGGAGACUUUGUUUUGUGGAAUGUCUGACCUGGUCCAUAUUUCACUGCUGCGAACAAGGACAGGCCCAAGAGGCGGAUUUAGACCUGGGAUGGCACCACAUUGUGUCCGUUAAAGCUGCUCUUGGGUUGUGAAUUCAAACUGGAUGAACCCCUGAGGACUAGUAACAUGCAUAUUGGUCUUUUUUUUUUUUUCUUUUUCCCCCCCAAGUUUUGCUAAGGGAGACAGACGCUGGUAUUGGGAAUUGCAAAGACCAUGUCUACAUAUUUCACAUCUGAACAAUAAAGCCAGACUGUAUUUUUCCAACAGACGAUCAGUGGACCACCCUCUAAACGGAAGCCUUUUAGACAAAAAAACUCCCAUCUGAGAGAGAAGCUGCAGUUUCAAAGCUGCUGCCAUUAGUUUUCCUUUAAUGUGAGAUAAAAUCUUAGCUAAGGUAAAAUUAUCCUUUGUGUUUCUUAUUCCAAACCGCAACAGGCCUGAAACCGGGGCAAUCCCUUCAUACGUUCUGGCUGAGCCGUCUCAAUUCAACCAAACUGUUGGGUGGCAGAAAUUUCCAGAACGGGUUGCAAUUUGUCUGCUGGGGGAGGGGGGCAGCUUUCUCAAACCUUCCUGAAUACCUUGAAGCUUUCUUAAGCAUCGUUACUCACCCGGAGACCAGCCGCUCAGCUCCGGUCCUUGGGAAAGCACUCAGUGGGGUGUAGGCCAUAUCUUUCCAGCUGGGCAAAAUGCUCAGGCUGGGUGCAGGAGGCUCUCAGCCUGGGAUGUUUCGGGUGGGUGGCAUCUUCAUGCCAAGCGUAGAAGUUGGGGCAAAAUCUGCUUGUGGACUGUGUCCUCCAGCCUUUUUAUGGUCAGUAUGGCUAGAAGGUCUGAUCUCCAUGAAACGUGUCACCAGCCAGCCCAAAGUAGCAAAGCCCUGUCUCUGCCCUGCAAGGCCCCCUUCUGCAGGGAGGAAUCAAUGUCCUCCUUUCAUGAGGGUCCCCAUGACUGGCAGCUCCUGACCAUGCCACCUGGUCAUGGGAAACGGAUCACUGGAUAGAAAACACUUUGCAAGAAUCUCAUGUAGUUUUGGAAAAGGAUGCUUCCUGCAGCGAUCUGCCUGGGCUCCGGUCUGGCUCUCCACCGAGAAGGCUUUUCUGGACGGCUCUGAUUUGUCUUCAGCUUUUGUCCACUUGCCCCCCAUCGUAAAACGUACCCAGAACGCUCCCCCUGGCAUUGUGCAGAGGAGACAUUUUUAGGGAUACGUGCAGAAAGUGGGGCUUGAGGCUCGGGGUCCAGAGGCAGAGAGGCCAAGCAAGGGAACCGGCCUCACAAGGCUGGAGCGAGAGAAUUUCCAGAUGGGUCACAUUCUGGAUGCAGUCGGUGUUUCCUCGGGCAUCCUCCAGCAAAACAGCCAUGCUGGCAAAGAGCUUUAAAUUGCUGAUGGGUUGAGUCUGUGGUGCUUUGGUCAAAAAGGAAAACGGAUGUUGAAGGGCGGCCUUUGAGCAAGGAGCUCCCCGAGUUGUUCUUCUCCAGGCCAAGCCCCUCUGCUCUGGUCCACUAAAAUCCCACCCUUGGUGCUCGGCUGUCGGCUUUCUGAAGACACCUGGUCAGCCAUGUUGGAGUGUGAAAAUGUCCCCAUUGGAAGCAAGAGGGACGGAGGACUUGCCCAUGAUCCUUCCCGUCAACCAACCCUGGGAGCUAUUACAGAUUGCGUCGCUGUGCGGCCCUGGAACAUCUGAAUGCAGCUGAGGCUCCUUUCGUGGCCCCAGGCUUCUGGGAGAGGGGCUCCCCCCCAGAAAAAGCCGUGCCCACCCAAAGGAAGAUGGCCACUGCCCAAAAUGACGCACUGUCUUGAUGUCACACUGUAUGUACGCUCUUUAUCAGGCCCACAAAGCUGUUUUCUAUUUACCCUAAAUAAAAUUUUGAACCAA